CCGUCCCGGGAGUGGAGUGAAGCGACACCAAACAAAGGGGGCGUCUCUGUGGCUGGUGUAGUGUAUGGGAGGAGAAGGAAGCUGCAUCCCACGGUCGUCCACCCAUAUGGUAGAAGGAGGCUGUGGUUACUGGUAGGAGGAGACGGCAGUUGCUGGUAGGAGGAGAGUAUAAAGGAAAAAAGUAUUUGCCACCGCAGCUUGACCAUGUCACUCUCCGUUGAUAUACAGUUGAAGAGGUUGAGCAGAAUCUACCACCAGGGAGAAACUGUUAGUGGAGUGUUAGUGUUAGACAGUCGAUCUGAUGCAAGACACGAUGGCAUCACCCUGACUAUGGAUGGCGUCGCUAGUGUGCAGUUGUCUCCCAGAAGUGCAGGACUGAUCGAAUCAAUUGUUAAUUCCUCCAAGCCUAUCUCUCUGAUAAACCAAUCAGUGGAGGUUGCUAAAUCAGGCAAGAUACCCUCAGGGCAAACGGAAAUUCCAUUUGAACUUGCCCUUGUCCCACGUAACUCUUCCAAGACUCUGUAUGAAACUUACCAUGGGGUGUACAUCACAGUUCAGUACUCACUAAGGUGUGACAUCAAGCGUAGCCUCUUGGCAAAGGAUGUUACUAAAAUGCAGGAGUUUAUUGUUGAGUAUAGACCUGGUUCAGGAGACAAUGAAGAGCAGAAAAUAGUUAAUUUUGAAAUACGCCCUGAAACAUUACAAAAUGUUCGUGAUCGUGCACGCAUCCCACAAUUUUUGGUCAGGGGUCAUCUGGACACUUCUGUGUUCCCACUUUCAAAACCAAUAACUGGAGAGGUGACAGUGUGUGAGUGUGAAAGGGGCAUCAGCAGCAUAGAGCUUCAGCUGGUACGUGUGGAGACAUGUGGCUCUGCAGAAGGCCACACCAGAGAGGCAUCCGAGAUUCAGAAUAUACAAAUUGGAGAGGGUGAUGUGUGCCGAUGCAUUGCUAUUCCAAUUUAUAUGGUGUUUCCUCGUUUGUUCACCUGCAGCACUACUGUGGCUCCAAGCUUUAAAAUUGAAUUUGAGCUGAACAUAGUGAUAAUCUUUGACAACGAUCAUUUAGUUGUAGAGACAUUUCCAAUCAAGCUCAUACGCAGUUAAAUUUUAAGGACUAUCAGACAGAGAUGAGUGUCUUGGGUUUCACAGUUGAUCAUUCACAUAUGUAAUUGAUAAGACUGCAAUGUCUAUGUAUCCCUAGAGAUAUCCAAGUUGCUGCCUCAGCUGUGAGUAAUGCCACGAAAUCACACUUUCAAUUUAAAUUGAAAAUUUAGAAAAUGUACAUACAGUAUUCAUUAUAGUAUCAUAAUCUGUUUUCUACCUUUGUGGAAUGGGAAGAAUUUGUCUGGAAAAGAUAGAACAGUAUAGGAAAAGAAAGCUAAUGGUAUACAAAAUUACGCUCACUUUUUAAACAUGCUGUUUGUACUCAACAGCAUUAUAGGGCGCCUACACCAUCACAUUAACACACUUCAGAGUUGACAUGUACAAAUAUGUCAAUUAUUAACACACACUACAAUGCAGUACCUUUACUCCAGUCUUGUUUCCUAAAACAUAUGUUCUAGUCACACUUAAUCUUCAUCGUGUCUGUCCAGCAUCUUAGUCUUCAUUUCCUCAAAUUUACUUGAAUACAUUGCACAGUGACUUACGUAUGUGUUACCUGGUCAGUCAGGUUAAGCCCCAUUAGGUGACUGCAUGAACAGCCUUGCUCAUGGAUAGUGGAUGCCUCUAAAAAUGCUUAAUAGGCCUCAUGCUCUUAACAAUGGUAUAUAAGUACAGUAUACACUUUCUUCACUACUUGCUCAUGUAAUUCAUUUGCUCAACAUGGUAAGCUUGAGCAGCUCUUCCUUACUUAACUAUGCAGCUUUCCACAAGCACACCUAAUUAGGCUUUACCUUUUCAUCAUUCACACACUGCCAUGUAAUCCUUAUGUUUAAAUUAUGUAUUAUUGAUGAUAUAAAUCACAUCAAUUUCUCAGUGCAGUUGGCUCAUAAUUAACUGGAUUUGUGCUGAGGUUGAUACCUCAGGGCUUAGUUUUUCCUUGAACCUGAUACCACUAUUCACCUAGUUGUAAAUAAGUACCAGGGAGUUAAGAGAUUGAUAUGGGUUAAAUCUUGGAAGAUUAGUCAUUGGUCUUGAUAAGCCAUGCAGGCUUGGCUUUCUGUUUUUGACAAUGGGAAACCACAUACAGUACUUUUAGCUUUGACUUACAUAAAUGUGGACAUCAAAUUUUGUUUUUAAAACAUUCACCAUUUCCAUUUCUUUUCUCACUUAUUCCUCUUAAUGUAUAAUUGCUGGGCAGGAGAGAAACAGUCCGGCAAGUUUCCUUUCGCCUAAUGUCUCUGUUCACCUUUCAGUCGAUUAUGUUGGCUCAUAAUCGACUGAACUCGUUAAAUUUCCAGGCAAGUUGAUACCUCUGGGCACGUUUUUCUUGCACCUGAUACCUCUGUUCAUCUAGCAGUAAAUAGGUACCCAAGAGUUAGUCAGCUGUUGAGAGGUUGCAUCCUGAGGAACGUCAAAUUACUGACCUCGAUAAAAUUAUAUAUAUACACAUACACAGAGGCUUCCUGUCCCCAAGAAACAUUAUAUAUACAGUACAGUAUAUAAAUGCAUACUUUGGGGAUUUGUGUUUCCUGUUUGUGAGUCAAUAUGACCCACAUCACUUUAUCCCUCUUGCAAUGUAUCCCAAUCCUCAAGAAUAAAAAACAUUCCAAGGUAACAAGUUACAUUUCUGGUGUUUUCAUUAAUUAAUGAAAAAUAAAUUUGAAAAACUUUCUGACAAUUUUAGGUUAAUGACAUUACAUGUACAUCUAUGGACAUAAUUACUAGGAAUUUAUGAAAAACUUGUGCAAGCAGUGUGUGCACAAUCUAUAUGAGGUAGAUGUAUAAUUAUUUGAUUUAGAUUGAUUUUUUCAGUCAAAAAUAAGUUUAUAUUGAAGUAUAUUGGAUUUAAAGUUUGCCAGAGCUAAUACAGAGAUUUGGUUCUCGUGUACAUGAUUGUGCUGUUAUUACAUGUAUCUGUGAUAUACUGAAUUUGUUUAACAAACUAAUUUAUCAAUAUUGUACAGUAUUUCUAAUCUGCUUAUGAAUUUGUAAGAACACAAAUGUUGUUCAAUUAUUUUAUAUAUGAUGAACUGUAUUGAUUAGAACCUAUAUUCUUUAAAACAAUAUUAUAGACAUUUACAACUUAUUAAAUACUAUUGAUAUUAA